AAAGGUAAUAUUAUCUCUCCACAUCAGACUUAUCAGUGUCAGAAAAUUAUCUGGAGACCACAUUUAAAUUCAUCAAUUAGUUUAAUGUUUAAAGUAAAAAUCUAAUUAACAGACUUGUUGGAAUUUACAGGUAAAUACAUUCACAGUCCACCACAAUUACCUUAGAGGACCGGGAUGGGGGAGCAUAAAGUUAAAAUGAAACAGAAAAAAUACAUUUUUCAACUUACUAAAGCUAUAACUAACUUGGAAGAAACUGCUGUAACAAAGAUGAUCAACAGUGGAGCAGAUGUGGAUGCCACCAUAAUUUACUCAAAGACCCCUUUAUCUUAUGCUUUAGAGAUGGGCUCUGAAAACAUAGCUCUUUUGCUUCUUAAAAGUGGAGCAAAUCCUGAGAAAGCAGCAAUUUGUGAGAAAUCAUGCCAUACCCUCAAACCUAUUCACUUUGCAUCUCAAUUCAAUCGAAAAGAUUUUCUUUCUAUGUUGUUGAAGAAGAAUGUAGAUUUGGAAGCUAAGAGCAGUGCUGGAUUAUGUGCUCUGCAUUAUGCUGCUUCUGAAGGCCACAUCGAUAUUUGUUGUGAUCUGAUUAAGUAUGGUGCAGAUGUGAAUGGGCUCGAUUCCUAUAAUCGGACUCCUCUUCACAGGGCUGCAGAAAAUGGACAUUGUGGUGUUAUUGAGUUGCUAGUAAAUUCAGGGGCUAAACCUUGUGUCAAGGAUGAUUUGGGGAAUACACCGCUGCUAUUAGCAUGUUACUUUAGCCAGUUACAAGCAGCUAAAGGUUUAUUAAAUCUCUGCAGUAAUGUGAACCAUAGUGACACCGAGGGAAAUUCACCUCUUCAUGUUCUUUGCAGUCCAUGUCAACGAAAUUCUGAAAGUUUCACAAAGUCUACAUACAAGCAUAUUACUACUCGAAGGGACAUUUUUCAACGUGCACAGGUAUUCCAUGUAGAUGAAAAGCUUGUAGAUAUUUUGAUUUCCUAUGGUGCGUUUGUGGAAGCAGUGAAUAAAAGUGGGAGUUCUCCUUUUGACUGUGCUAAACAUUACUUGAAUCCAGAUUCACAACUAGUGUUACUGGAAAAAUUUGUCAAUGCUGGACUGUGGGUGGCAAAUUUUUCCCCAGAAACUGCUUUUGGUCCUUCUUUUACAUAUCAUGUGAAGGAAUCCAGGGCUGAAUUUGAAGAAAUACUGUCACAUUUGCAAAAACACCAAAUGAAAUUAAAACAGCAAUGCAAAAGUGCAAUUCGAAAAAACAUUAAUUUCUCUGGUGGUAAAAAUGUACAGUAUUAUGUUGGCUAUUUACCUCUUCCUACACAAUUAAAAGUAUUUCUGCAAUGAUAUUUGGUGUAUUAGACUAGGGUAAUAAAGAAUUGCAAAACCUUC